AUGCUUACCUCAUCUUGAUCGAGGGAUUCCAUAUAAAUUUCCUAAUAAUUGAAAUUAAUCCCUACCUUUGAUAGAACAAUUUUCAUAUCUGCAAAUAUGAGCAAAUCCCGAGCUCCUUCAAAUCUGGCAGCUUAUCUUGAUAAUAAUAAUAAUGGAUUUUAGUGAUUAAAUCGCAUAAUCGCUAUUAAGCGAUUCUAAUGCAUUUAUAGUGUAUUUAUAAUAUACUCUUAAAUUGCGGCUACUAUUCUGAAAUAUUUUCGAAAAAAAAAAUUAAUAAAGCAUUUGCAUGCAAUUAUUUUGUUAUUCCAUUCUUGAUCAAACUACGGGGCUCAUUUGGCCAAGGAAUGGGAGGUUUAGAGGCCGAAGAUCAUUUUCUUGGAAACUUUUGCAGAGCAAAGAACACCCUGACUUCAAAAUUGUCUCUAACAUUUACACACACGAUCCAUUAGGAUCAAAAGUCAUCCAUCUCAAAACAACAGACAACCACAAAGCAUUUGCCUCACUAUUCCGUACAACUCCAGACAACAGCAAAGGAACCCCUCAUUGUUUGGAGCAUAUCGCCUUAUGUGGUUCUGAGAAAUUUCCAGUCCGAGACCCAUUUUUCAAAAUGAUAAGCCGAUCACUAAACUCCUAUAUGAAUGCAUGAACAGGGCCAGACUUCACAAUGUAUCCUUUCAGCACACAAAACGACAAAGACUUUUCCAAUUUAUUAAGCAUCUACUUAGACGCUAGUUUUUUCCCACUUAUAACAUACCCAAAUUUCCGUCAAGAAGCAUGGCGGACAGAGUUCGAAGAAGGAAAAUUAGAAUACAAAGGUGUUGUUUUCAAUGAAAUGAAAGCCACCAUCACAGACUCAAAUGACUUUUUUAUUCAUCUUAUAAAUAAAUAUCUAUUAGAAGGCACAACUUAUCAGUAUAACUCUGGAGGAGAUCCUAAAGAAAUCCCAUUACUAUCUUAUGAAGAAUUAAAAGAAUUCCAUAGGAAGUUUUAUCAUCCUUCCAAUGCGACUUUUAUGUUUUAUGGAGAUAUGGAUAUACAGAAAUAUCUGCAAGAGCUAGAAGAAAAUGCUUUGAAUAAAUUCCAAAAAUUAGAAAUGGAUACUAGCGUAGGCUUAGCUGUAAAAAGGAGUGAGCCACUUUAUAUAAAUGCAAAGUUUCCUGCUGAUGAGGUAUCAGUUGACCCAGACAAACAAGGAAAAUUCGCAAUCUCUUAUUUGUGUCCAGAGAUGUCAAAAGAUCCUUAUUUUAAUUUUUGUAUGAGUGUGUUGAGCUCAUCUUUAAUUGAUGGCCAAAAUACCCCACUUUAUAAAGCUCUGCUAGAGACACAAUUAGGUAAAUCUUUUCUUUCUGGGACAGGGUUUGAUGCAUCAUCAAAGGAGUCUACUUUUACAAUAGGCUUAAAUGGGAUUAAAGAGUCAGAUAAAGAAGCUAUAGAAAAAGCUAUUUUCCAGACAUUAGAAAACUGUGCAGAAAAUGGGAUUGAUAGAAACUUGAUUGAUUCUUCAAUCCAUCAGAUAGAAAUCAGAGUAAAGCAGGUAAAAUCCAAUUUUGGGCUGAUGCUAAUGUCCUCUAUGGUUCCUUUUGUGCUUCAUAAUGGUGAUCCAUUAACUCCAUUAUAUAUUAAUGAAUAUGUAAAUAGACUAAGACAAGAUUUAGCUGAAGGAAAGCCAGUUUUCCAAAAUUUAAUCACAGAGCAUUUAUUAAAAAACAAAAAUAGAGUCACAAUUUUAGGAGUGCCUGACACAAAAUAUGCAGAAAAACUAAUUGAAGAAGAAAAUAAUAGAUUAAAAUCACUUGAAGAAAAGCUCACAGAAGAAGAGAAAAAAAAUCUCGAAGAAGAAGCUAAAGCUUUAUUAGAAGACCAAGAAAAGCCACAAAACGUCGAUUUGCUUCCUACACUAAUGGUUAGCGAUAUCGACCCUAAAAUUGAUUUGAUUGACUAUACAUUCCAAACAAAAGUAAACGAAAUCCCAGCUAAGUUUAUAGAGCAACCGACAAAUGGAAUAAGCUAUAUUCGUCUAAAAAUCGACAUCUCGAAUUUGCCUGAAAGACUAAAACCUUUCCUUCCAUUAUACAAUCGCCUUGUAAACCAAGUUGGCACUAAAAAACACUCUCACGGUGAUUUUGACAAUUUAAAGGACAUGUAUACAGUUUCAGGGGUUUCCUGCUCUUCAAUAGUCGCUUGUGAAAAUGAUUCACUUGAUAGCCACACUGAGCAGCUAUCAUAUAAAAUCGCAUUUUUAGAUAGAAAUAUAGACAAAGGAUUUGAAAUUUUUUCUGAGUUUUUGAAUGAUAUUAUUUUUUCUGAGCAUGACCACAUCAGCAGACUAAUACAAAGAAGCGUGAAAAGUAGAACAGAUGAGCUGAAUAAUGAGGGGAUGAGCUACGCAACUAGUGUUUCGUCAGCUUCUUUAAGCCCAGCAGGGAAUGCAUAUGAAGGAUUAAAAAUACUUCAGCAUGACUGUUUAAUAGCGAAUAGUUUAUUAAGCCAAGAAACUUCUGAGCAUACUUUGUCCGACAUUGCAAGCAAGCUUCAUGAAAUUCACCAGUUCUUGAUGCAGAGGAAGAAUAUGGAAGUAUUAGUCCACACAUCAGAACUGAACAGCUUAAAAGAAAUUUUCAUUCAAAAAAUCGGAGAGCUCUCAAGUGGAUUUGAGCUGGAAAAUAGAAAGUUUUUAUAUGAAGGAAGCUAUAAGUUACCAUUUUCUCCAGCAUUGAUAUAGAAAUCUCCCAUAGAUGGCGCUGUUUGCCCUUGAUUUGCCCAUGAGGAAAAAUUUUUGGUUUGACCAAACCAUAUGGUACUGGUCGAACAAAAAUUUUCCCCAGUGGGCAAAUCAAGGGCAAACAGCGCCAUCUAUGGGAAAUUUCUAUACGUGAAUAUUACACUUUGCCGAUGCAAGUAAAUUACGUUAUUGAAGCAGUCAAAGGAACUUCAUUACUAAGUGCAGAUCAUGGCCCGCUUAGCAUUUUAUGUGAGCUGCUGUCAAUGAAUAUGUUUUUGAGGGAAAUUAGAGAAAAAGGUGGAGCUUAUGGGGGUGGGAUAAAAUCGAACACAAAUACAGGAGUCCUAACACUUUAUUCUUAUAGGGAUCCAAAUAAUUUGAAAACUUUCCAAGCUUUUGAAAAAUGCAUCAAUGAAGUCAGUAGGGCAGAAUUUGAUCAGAGGCAGAUCGAUGAAGCGAAGUUAAGUGCUUUUUCGAAAAUCGAUAAGCCUAUUCCAGCUUUUGAUAAAGGAUUAGGGUUAUUCUUCCAUGGUCUCACAAAUGAAUUGAGGCAAAGCAUUCGAACUCAAGUUUUAGAAGUCAAUAAAAGCGAUUUGUUGAGAGUAGCUGAGCAAUAUCUGCUAAAGCCAUUACAAAAUAAGCAGUCAUCAAGAGUGGUUUUCGGAUCAGAUUCAAUCGAUAAAAAUUUACUUGCUGAAGAGAAUUUCGUAGUAAAAAGGCCAAUCAAUAAAUAA